AUGACAAAGAAACGGGCGGUGCGAAAUGGUGAUGAUGGACCGAUGCGAGCGGCGAGCGAUGCGGCGCGACGGACGCUCGCGCUCGAGGCGGAGCUCGCUUUGAAGGCGGCGGAUGAGGCGCGAUUGGCGACGCAGCUGGAACGCGUAUCCAGAGAGCUCGAACGAGUGAAGGAGGCGCAUGAAAAUGCGCGAACCGCGCGUGAGAACGAUUGUGCGAGCAGAGAUGAGGUUAUACGCGCGCUCGAGCGAAGAGUGCGCGAGAUCGAGGGUGAGAACGUGAUGUUGCGAGCAGCGAGGGACGAAGCGGCGGAGGCGCUCGAUAAGAGCGCCGCUGAGAUGGACGGUCUCAUCAGAGCGUCCGCGAUCGGCUUCGGGACGAUGAAGGUGACGAGCGACGACGACGGGAACCUCACAAAGCUCGAAUCGGACGCGAUCGAGGCCGCUAUGCUCCGCGCGGCGAACGAGCUUGUCGAGGCGAAAGGCGAAGCGCAGGUCUCGCGCGCCGCGGUUGCUCGAAUGGAAACUCAGUGCAAGCUCAUCGAGCACGACCACGAGCUCAUCAAACACAACAUGGCCGAGAUUACCAAAGUCUUGGCCGGCAAAGACGACGCGAACGCCCGUCAGGCUGCUCGCUUACACGACCUCGAGCGCGUUUUACGAGAAACAGUCGCGAUUUGCGAAACCGCCCGCGCCGCCGGCGCCGCGGAUCGAACCGAAACCGACCGUCUCCGCUCGGCGCUCGAGCGCACACGCGCCGAGAAAAUCGCCCUCGAACGCGAGCUCGACGCAAUCGUCAUGCGAUGA